CCGGAGCGGAUUACUCGAGUUCUACCUCAGAGUUAAGCCUGAUAUUUUCCAGAAUAUUCAAGCCAUAAAAAAAUUUUUGAACCACUUUCAAUGGAAUUACGUCACAGUUCUCUACUCGGACGAUCUAUACGGAGACUCAGCUUAUCAGUUACUUCGACAAGAGUUUGAAGCCCAUUUUAUUUGUCAAGCGCUCAGCCAUAAAUUCUCUAAUUCCCAAACGUUAUCUGAUUACACAGAUCUUGUUGAGAAACUGCAACGAAAUGCCGAAAAAUCCCGAGUAAUCGUGACGUUUAUCGAGCAGGAUCAGUAUGUGAUCAGGUUACUGGAAGUCCUCCUGAUGAAUGGUGCGAGCAACCACUUCGUCUGGAUGCUGGACACGGAUUGGGAUGACAUAGUCACACACAACACCAUCGAAUUCUCUUACUCGGAUUUUGUGAGGUUGAUGUCCGGAAGUUUCUUAGUUCACUACAAGCCCGAGCCCUCCGAGUCCUACAAUGAGCACAUCAAACAGAUGAAUCCAAAAAACACGAUGAAUCCGUGGUUCAAACUAUACUGGAGCUACGCUUUCGGCUGCGAUCUGAAAGAUCCUAAAUGCAUGGAACACACGGUUGAUCAGAUGCCUAUAUGGAACAACUUCCAGCAUGCCACGCUGGCACAGACGGCCGUACUGACCUACGCCCAUGCAAUACACAACCUCAGACAGACGCGGUGCAAGAAUGUUGCAGAUCUCUACGAAUGCCUUCAGGGUAGCUCCCUCUAUAUGGUCAUGUUAACUAACCAUUUCUUCGGACCACGUGGCCACUUCAAGUUUACAGAAACCGGAAGUGCUGAAGGUGUGAUAGAGUUUGAACAGAUUAUACCCGACAAAAAGAAUGAAAGUUUUGGAUAUAAAUAUGUUGCCCAGUUUGAAAACGGAGUCCUGUCAGGACUGGAGGGUAUUUCGUUUCAUUACUUUGAUAACCUUGUCAACGGUCGAUUGUCGUCAAGGUGUAGCCCAGCAUGUAAGGCAGGGGCGCUGAAGAUUGUGUUAUCACAAUGCUGCUGGAAUUGUCUUUCCUGUCUGGACAACGAGAUUUUGGACGUGGAGAAUGCGACCUGCGAAGUGUGUCCAGCAUUCUACUGGCCGGACUCGACGUCUCGUGUUUGUCUGCCCAUUAAACCCCAGCUCAGUCGCCCCGAUGACGACGUGCUCCUCUACGUCAGCUACCUGUUCUCCAUCAUUGGCGUCAUCACGACGCUAGGUGUCGUCUGCUGUUUCAUCAAGUACAGGAACUCGCGAAUCAUCAAAGCCACCAGCAAGGAGCUUAGCUUCAUCCAGCUUUCUGCCAUCAUUACAGGUUUCCUAACAGUACCUGUUUUACACAACAGCAACACCGAUGCCGAGUGUAUCCUCUCAUACUUCAUGUACUGCCUCAGUUUUGUCUUGCUCUACGCUCCAAUUCUAGUCAAGGCGAUCAGAAUCCAUCGGAUCUUCACUCACCGCAAUGAGAAGAAACUGCGGAUAACCAUGAUAAAACCACCAUGGAUGGUCUUCUUUUCAUGUCUUUUUACAUCCAUCCAGCUCAUCUUGUGCAUCAUUAUGUUAAUAGUGUCAAGGCCAAAUGUCAAACUUCUGCAAUACACCAGAACAGAAAAGCACGUAGAGCUACAGUGUGACUGGACGGUGGCUGGAAUCUUGACAUUCCUCAUCUACAACAAUAUUCUGCUCGUACUGUCCUCCAUCUUUGCCUUCAAAACCCGAACUUUACCCGACAACUUCAACGAGUCCCAUUUCAUAGCAAUAUGUGUGUACACCACUCUCGUCAUCUGGCUGGCCUUUAUACCAGCUUACUUUCAGUCCAACAACCAAAGGGUCAAGCUUCUGCUAAAGACGUUGUCUCUCCUGAUAAAUCUUACUGUGCCAAUCGUCUUGUUGUUCCUGCCCAAGAUUUACGCGGCCGUCAAACACAUCAAGAUAACAAACCAGCUUCCUCGAGCCACAAUCACCGAGAGAUCAGUCAUUACAUCCACCAUGAACCGUCCUUACGAGCCCAAAGACUAA